UUGACCAUACAAACGCCGACAGAUCAAACACAAAAAUCUAUAGAUAACUUAAGAAACCACGUCAAUUAAGCACAUAUGUAACUAGUUAAAGCAUUAAGUUAAGUGUAAAACGAUGGUUCGGAAUAGGAAAACCGUCCAUAUUCAGCAUACGCAUCGGGGAAAUGCGACCAGUAGCAGUUCGGCUAGCAGCGAUACGGGUACUGGCAGCCGCACACUAAAAGUUCUUUCGGGAUGGAAAACUGUGAUAGGAUCCGUGUGUCUUACUGUUGCUGUGUACGUCGGGACUUUAGGGUACUUAGAAACCAGGGUGAACACCCCCUUCAGCGAUGAGAAGAUUGUAUCAGAGACAGGUCUGGCUGUCCCCAGCCGGUAUUGGGGCUCAUACCGGCCCGGAGUGUACCUGGGUAUGAAGAGCCGAGAGCCCCGCUCCCCCGUCUUUGGGCUCAUGUGGUAUGACUUGACCAGUGUGGCGCAGAAGGGCAUCAGGCAUUGGUGCGACCAGGGCGACAACCUCCCCUCCUACGGCUGGCUGCAGCAUGACGGGGAGCAGUGGGGGGAGCAACGCAUCCUAGAUCCCCCCCACGAGAUCUACACCUCCUUUGUCAAGACUCCGGGAGGCGAGCAUGGCGGACAUUGGACUGUCCGCAUCAAUGUUACUGCCAAGAGCAACGCCUAUUCCCCGUACGUGCUGGUGUGGUACGGAGCCCUGGACGAGUCGCUGGGGCCGGCGGCGCCGCUCUCCCGCCUGUGGCUGGAGGGCGGCGCCCUGCACGGCCACACGCCGCAACUGCACAAUUUCCGGGUCAACUUGGUGCCGCUGAAGGGGAAGGUCCUCCACACUUCGUUCUCCGAAGGCCACGCACCAGGCCUGCAUCUUCUGAAGGAGAAGUUCUAUUCCCUUCUUAAAGCUGAACCACACCCUACUUUCGGUAGAAUAGCAGUACUUAGCCCUGACGAGGAACUGAGAAACAAGGAGGCAGAGGUAAACUUCGUACCAAUCCAGAUGAUAGUGGAGCCCCCGUUCGUGAUGGACGUGGUGUUCACUAUAGAGGACCUCCCCACCCCCCCUUUGAAGGGCGACGAAUAUACCAGGGUGUUAGAAGAUAAGAAGAGGUUCUUCAACGACGAGUUUGAGAGGAAGUUCGGCUUGAGACAGAAGAACUAUUCGGACCAGGACGUCAGCAUAGCACAGGCGGCUCUGUCGAAUAUGAUCGGUGGCAUCGGGUACUUCUACGGCGCGGGCCGCGUGCGAUCACAAUAUACAAGAGAACCGGUGCCUUACUGGAGGGCUCCUCUAUACACCGCUGUACCUAGCAGAUCAUUCUUCCCCCGCGGUUUCCUGUGGGACGAAGGUUUCCACGGGCUCCUCAUCCAGCGCUGGUCUCCAGAGAUCCAGAUGGACAUAGCGGCUCACUGGCUGGAUCUCAUCAACGUUGAGGGCUGGAUCCCCAGGGAACAAAUACUUGGAACGGAGGCCCUGGCAAGGGUCCCUAAAGAGUUCGUAGUGCAAAGCAACGCGGCAGCCAACCCUCCCAUGCUGCUACUAACCAUCGCCCACCUCGUCAAAACACAACCUCAACUCUUCCAACCACACUGGCCUUUGAGAAGGACGUUGGACCGAAUGUUUACCAGACUACAAAGCUGGUACCAGUGGUUCCAGUCGUCGCAGAAGGGAGAUGAACCCACGACCUAUCGCUGGCGAGGCCGGGAGGACGACGGGCUGCAACUUAACCCGAAAACAUUGACUUCGGGCUUGGAUGACUAUCCCAGAGCGUCACACCCGUCAAGUAUAGAGCGUCAUGUAGACCUGCGAUGCUGGAUGUACGCGGCCGCCGACGCUAUGGCGACCAUAGCUGACGUACUACAGAGAGAUACUACCAGAUUUGAGGCGACCCGAGACCAGUUAGGCGACGAAGAGUUGCUUAACCAGUUGCACUGGUCGCCGCACACUCAGACUUAUGCAGACUACGGUUUGCACACGGACGGCGUCCGGUUGGUCCGGCAGCCGGCCAAGCGUCCGGGAGAGACCGCUAAAGUAGUCCGGAGCGUCACUGUACCGCCUGAACCUAAACUGGUCACAUCUGCCUUCGGCUACGUGUCCCUCUUCCCCUUGCUGCUAAAAGUUCUGAAACCCGACAGUGAGAACCUGGGCACGAUACUUCGGGACCUGGAUAAGCCGGACCUGCUGUGGUCUAAAUAUGGACUCAGAUCACUUUCGAAAUCAUCACCACUCUACAUGAAACGGAACACAGAACAUGAUCCGCCAUAUUGGCGCGGUCAAGUAUGGAUCAACGUCAACUAUCUCGCUCUGGCGGCCUUGAAACACUACUCUAGAGAGGGACCGCAUGCUGUGCGAGCGGGACAGCUGCACGACAGACUGAGAGAGAAUAUCGUUCGUAACAUUUUGUCCGAGUACCGCCGCACGGGGUACUUUUGGGAGCACUAUUCGGAUGUGGACGGCUUCGGCGCCGGCUGCCGGCCCUUCACCGGCUGGACCGGGCUACUACCGCUCAUCAUGGCUGGAGAAUACUAAUUAGGGUUCCGUACCCAAAGGGUAAAAACGGGACCCUAUUACUAAGACUCAUCUGUCCGUCUGUCUAUCAUCAGGCUGUAUCUCAUCAACUGUGAUAGCUAGACAGUUAAAAUUUUCACAGAUGAUGUAUUUCUGUUGCCGCUAUAACAACAAAUACUAAGUACGGAACCCUCGGUGGGCGAGUCCGACUCGCACUUGUCCGUUUUUUAGGAUUCCGUACCCAAAGGGUAAAAACGGGACCCUAUUACUAAGACUCCGCUGUCCGUCUGUCUGUCUGUCACCAGGCUGUAUCUCAUGAACCGUGAUAGCUAGACAGUUAAAAUUUUCACAGAUGAUGUAUUUCUGUUGCCGCUAUAACAACAAAUACUAAUAAGUACGGAACCCUCGGUGGGUGAGUUCGAUUCGCACUUGUCCGUUUUUUUAUAUAAGUACCCCUUCAUUGCCUUUAAUCAUGGGGAGUAUUAACUCCUCAUAGUUCUGGGGCCUCGGUACUUUUCGCACUGAAACUGUGUUUUUUAUUCCGUUAUGGUGGCAAAUAAGCAAAAAUAACUGAUCUUUUAAGGCAAAGUUACAUUAACCUCGUAAGGCCCACCAUACAAAGUUUCCCUAUUUUUAAUUUGAAUUGAACCUUGUUGUAUAGAAGAUUAGGGAGACUUUCGUUUGUUUUAGAAAACAAUGAAACAAAAGAAAUGCUACUUAAUUCAGUUAGUGUAAGGUUCAAAUUAGAUUGAAACAGAGUGUACAUUGUAAUGCACAUUGGGCCUUACGAGGUUAAGACAUUAGCAUACCUAUUCACUAUGCCGUAUUUGCUGAAAUAUGUAGAUAUUGUAUAAAUUGCAUUCCUUUUUUUAGCGCAGAAAAAACAUCAUUCUUAUAUUUAAGCAUAUACUGCGUAUUGUAGGGGCUUUUAAUUUUGCUUUAUUUAUAAGACUUUUAGUUAAUUUGAAGUGUAAAGUAGGAAAAUAUUUGUUAUUUUAAUUUUGUGAAGGUAGGUAUAUUGUUUGAUUAUAAAAUAAAUUGUUACUACAAAAUUACAAACUCA